AUGUCGAAUCUUGGAUUACAGAUUAGGCAGGCGGCUUCUUCGGUUGAUCCGAUUGUUGCCGAUUACACAGUGGGAUAUGUCCAGCAUAUCAUUAAGUCCACAGAAGAUUCAGUACUUUCGCAGCAGUUAGAUAUUCCAACUAAAGUUGAAUUUCUGAGGGGUAUGUUGAUUAGUGCGGGUGGUGAUUCUAAGAAGGUGGAGAAGCUAUGUUCACAUAUUGAAUCGACAUUAGUUGACAGACUGAAAAAGAAUAUGGCCAAACUUAAAGUGGAAGGAGAUACCUCGAAGAGGUUAUUGGAUGCUAGUCUUCUUAGCUCACACGAAAGAGACGAUACAUCGAUGACAUUUCUCUCUUCUUCUGUGGACGUUGAGCAUAUUGGUCGUCAAAUGGAAUCUAAAGUGGAUAAGAAGAAGUUGAAGAAAGCUGAAGCCAAGAUUGCCAGAAAGAUGGCAAAGAGGGAGGACAGGUACGUCAAGUAUGAGGCUUCUAAAUUGAUUAAUGAACAGAAACAGGACGACUAUGAUUCUUUCUACUUAAAGGUGAAUCCUUUGGACGUUGAAGAGACUGGCGGUAGAUCAAAGGACAUUAAGAUUGAUUCAUUUGAUUUGUUUGUUGGUGACGCUCAGCGUAUCUUGAUGGAUGCUUCGUUGACGUUAGCAUUUGGACACAGGUAUGGUCUAGUGGGUCAAAACGGUGUUGGUAAGUCCACUCUAUUAAAGGCAUUGUCCAGAAGGCAAUUGGACAUUCCUAAGCACAUCACCAUUUUGUACGUUGAGCAAGAGUAUACGGGAGAUGACUCCCUAGUUUUACAGUCCGUUUUGGAUGCAGAUGUGUGGCGUAAACAAUUGUUAGUGGAAGAGCAGAAGACUAAUGAACGUGUUGAAGAGAUUGAGAAGUUGCGUAAGGAGUUUGAGGAUGGUUCUCCAGAGAUGAAGAAGCUCGAUACAGAGCAGGACGAUUUGUAUCAAAACUUGGAGAAGGUUCAAGAGAGAUUGGCCGACAUUGAGAGUGAUAAGGCUGAGGGUAAGGCUGCUCACAUCCUAUACGGUCUUGGGUUUAGUGAGGAGGCUCAAAACAGACCCACCAAGGAGUUUUCCGGUGGUUGGAGAAUGCGUUUAUCGUUGGCUCGUGCCUUGUUUUGUCAACCUGACUUGUUACUUUUGGAUGAGCCUACUAAUAUGUUGGAUGUUCCAUCUGCAACUUAUUUGGCUCAUUAUCUAAAAACAUAUCCUUCUACUGUGUUGGUUGUUUCCCAUGAUCGGGAGUUCCUUAACGAGGUGGCUACAGAUAUUAUACAUCAGCAUUCCGAGAGACUAGAUUAUUAUAGAGGCUCGGACUUUGACUCGUUUUACAAUACGAGGGAGGAGAGAUUGAAGACGCAGAAAAGAGAGUACGAAAACCAGAUAGCUUACAGAAAGCAUUUGCAGGCUUUCAUCGACAAAUUCAGAUACAAUGCUGCCAAAUCUAGAGAGGCACAAUCAAGAAUUAAGAAGCUUGAGAAAUUGCCCGUCUUGCUACCCCCAGAACAGGAGCAUUCAUACCAGUUUAAGUUCCCUGACGCUGAGAAGCUUUCCUCACCUACUUUACAAUUAUUGGACGUCAGCUUUGGUUAUAAGCCUGAAGAACUUUUAUUGAAUCAUGUGGAUCUUGAUCUUCAGAUGGAUUCCCGUAUCGCAAUUGUUGGUGCCAAUGGUUGUGGUAAGACUACACUUUUAAAGAUUGCUUUGGGAGAGCUUGAUCCUACCGGUGGUUCGGUCUAUAAGAACCAUAAUCUUCGUAUUGGCUACUUUGCGCAGCAUCACGUUGAUGCCUUGGAUCUAUCUCAGAGUGCCGUUAGUUGGAUGGGUAAGAAGUAUCCUGGUAAAACUGAUGAAGAGUACCGUAGGCAUUUGGGCUCCUUUGGUAUUACUGGUUCUUUGUCAUUGCAAAAAAUGGCUCUUCUUUCCGGUGGUCAAAAGUCCAGAGUUAUAUUUGCCUCUCUAUGUCUCAAUAACCCUCACAUUCUUGUGCUUGAUGAGCCUACUAAUCACUUGGAUACAGCAGGUUUAGAUGCUCUUGCAACAGCUUUGAAGAACUUCAAAGGUGGUAUUUUGAUGGUGUCGCACGAUGUCCAUAUGAUUAAAGAGGUUUGUCAUGAUAUUUUGUACAGUGAAGAUGGUAAAGUUAGGAAGUUCCCUGGUACUAUGGACGAUUAUAAGGACUAUAUUUUGGAAGAGGCUGAUUCCGUUGGUGUUGUUAAGCGCCAUUAA